UUUGCGGAAAAAUAAAUAAAUAUUAAAAUAUAUAUAAGUAAGGAAAUAGUUAAUUCUAGUUCAAAUGGAAAAGCCGAUCAAUUCAGCUACAAUAUGGCUGAUAUUGCUAAACUGUGCUUUGUUUGUCCAAGGCGAACGGACAAAGGAUAAGAUGUACCAACCAAUUCUGGGAGCUAGUUGUUUCCGGCGAUUAAAUGGAACACACCAGACUGGCUGUUCAUCCGCUUUCUCUGGUUCCGUGGGCGUUUUACAUUUGGUUAAUACGAAGGCGGAUUUGGAUUUCUUGCUCGACACUCCUCCAGCGCCACCAUAUGCACCAAUGAUACCACCUCAUUUGUUCACUAGAGACAAUUUGCUGCGCCUUAAACAAGCCGGGCCAGCUAAUAUAUCCGUGGUUCUGCUUAUCAAUAAACCUGAGCAGAUGACAACUUUUUCACACGAACUGAAUUGCCCGAAUCAGUACAGUGGCUUAUUGCGUCCCAAUAGCAUUGAAACUGUUACCUGUGACGCCAGGAAUCCAACCAACAGCUGGAAUCCUUGGGGUACGGGACUGCUUCACGAGGAUUUUCCUUUUCCCAUUUACUAUAUAGCAGAUCAGGAAGAAAUUGAAAAGCUGGAAACAUGCUUUAAGGACUUCAACUUAAACUAUACCACGCAUGCUGUACGGAGACUGUGCGCCGUGGAGGUCAAGUCGUUUAUGUCGGCAGCUGUCAACACGGAGGUGUGUAUGCGGCGUACGAAUUUCAUUAACAAUUUGAGUGGAAGCAAGUAUUGUGAUCCCUUGGAGGGACGCAAUGUCUUUGCUACGGUUUAUCCACGCAACUCACCCGAGAAUUUGGACGUGAAGAAAAAGCGUAAUGCAAAUCCCAAUGAGAAGUUCAUAUUGGUCACUUGUCGGUUGGACACAGCCAGCAUGUUUGAUGGCGUGGGUCUGGGAGCUAUGGAUUCAUUAAUGGGCUUGGCUAUAUUGACUCAAGUGGCUCAUUUUCUGCGCCAAACCUUGCCACCACAAGACUCCUUGCCCAAUCCCUAUCGGAAUGUACUCUUUGUGACAUUUAAUGGGGAAUCUUAUGACUAUAUUGGCUCCCAGCGCUUUGUCUAUGACUUGGAGAAUAAGGCUUUUCCCACACGUUCCACCCAAACAACGCCCAUAACGUUUGACAACAUUGAAUUCAUGUUGGACAUUGGCACCAUCGAUGACAUAGCCAACGUCAAGCUGCAUACUCUGAAAAGCACCGUGUUGGCUAAUAAGCUGCUGCAACAGAUCAAUAGCUAUGCAAAAUCGCCACAGUUCGGCUUCGGCCUGAAUAUACAAUCAGAUGUUAGUCAUCAUCUACCUCCUACAUCUGCCCAAUCCUUCCUGCGUCGUGAUGAAUCAUUCCCUGCAUUAAUCUUGAAUGGUGUGCCAGCCAACAAAUUUUAUCACUCCAUCUAUGAUGAUGUGGAUAACGUGGCAUUUAGAUAUGCCAAUACUAGUCAAGAUUUCACCACUCUGGUAGAUGUUAGUGAUGCCAAGGGCUUCCAGGCUGACUCGUUGCAAAUGAAAGUCCGAAACAUAUCAUCCAUUGUGGCCAUGGCUCUGUAUGAAUCAUUAACGAGUAAAACGUAUACGGGGAGCAAAGUGGCCAGUCCUUUAUUGGCCGACGAGUUCCUAUAUUGUUUUCUACAGUCAUCAGAUUGUCCACUCUUCAAGGCAUCCUCCUACCCAGACAGUCCCAGUGGUUUGCCGCUUCCACCUAUGCGCUAUAUCAGUGUUUUGGGGGGCUCUCAAGAGUCUUCGGGUUGGACAUAUCGCGUACUGGGCUAUCUUCUAUCCCAACCGCAAGUUAAUGUAACCAAAGAAAAUUGCACCAUUUUGCCAUUGCAGUAUUUUGCGGGCUUUAACGGUUCUGGUGAAUGUCGUCUUUCCACCCAAAAUUAUAGCUCAGCCCUGAGUCCAGCUUUUCUCAUCGACAAUUACGAUUGGAGCUCCGGUAAUUACUCUACAUGGACUGAAUCAACUUGGACCCAGUUUAGCGCCCGCAUCUUUCUGCGUCCGUCCAAUGUGCAUCAAGUGACCACUCUGACCAUUGGCAUUGUGGUGUUAAUCGUUUCCAUUUGCCUAGUAUACAUCAUCAAUUCUAGAUCGGAAGUGCUGUUUGAAGAUCUACCAGCUAGCAAUGCAGCAUUAUUUGGUUGAUGGCAGCUACUUAUGAUGGUUCCUAUAGUUUCCAUCUUCAUAACCAGCUAAAUCAUAAUCUGCAUGCAAAAAUUGUGCUCAACUUGAAUUCUUUUCUGCCUCUAACUUUUUGUGAAUUUUCCAGACUACCACGGCCCACAGCUUGUUAGUAAA